CUCACUCGACUACAGCCCACCCUAGACCCGCUCUACUUUUCUCCCAACUGCCUCUUUUCCCCGGUCGCCAUGCACACACACCCACUUUUGUGUCUUUCACGCUGCACGCUACUCGGGUCGGUCCGUUGGGUUCUUGGCUGAAGGCGCUGACUGCCGGGGCCAUCUCCUGGAUCUUUGAUAUCUGCAGCUCCGUCGCCUCCCCCAACCUCUGAGAUUGCUUACCUGCGCGCGCACAAUCGACACCACCUGAAGGCCGAUGGGCGGAGCGGUUGCCAACAUGUUCGCCGGUUAUAUCAUGGCCUCGGGCCGUUGGGUUAGAGAGCACACGCCCAGUAUCCUGGCAGUGUUCAGGCCCAGGUUAAACUUCAUAACGCUGCAUUACACAUAUCUCCUCGCCAUGACCCUCAUUGGCUCGGUCAUCUUGUACGGCCCCAGGAACAUGGACUACAUCGAUGCGCUCUUCUUUGCGAGUGGUGCCGCAACACAGAGUGGGCUGAAUACUAUCGAUGUCAAUACACUAUACCUAUACCAGCAAGUCGCGAUUAUGCUCAUAACCUGCAUCUGCACCCCGAUCUUCAUAAACACAUUCGUCGUCUUCAUCCGCCUGUACUGGUUCGAGAAGCGCUUCCAAAGCGUGGUCCUCGAAGCCCGCAGCAUGCGCGCCACACGCACCCGCACGCUUUCAAGGCGGAAAAGUGAGAUAAAGGCAGAGCAGGAGAGGGUUAUGGGCGACGAGGAGCGCGGCGUGGGCAAUCGCCGGAUCGAAAUCAUGCGAAGUGCUAGUGGACAUGCCGAGGGCGGGGUGAUCGCGGACGAACACGCAUUCCAGGAUACCAACGGCAAUGCCGGUGUUGGCAAACGCAAACCUUUGCAUUCAGGCGAUGACGAAGACAUCGACCCGCUCGAGCGACCGAAGACCCCUGUCCACACUAACUCGAACAUUAUGUGGGCGGACAAUGUCAAGACCCCAGUACGACGGCGCGAGUCGGAUGCAAUUGAUUCACCCGCAGACCGGCUGCCCGGACCAGACAAGGAGAAGAGCAUUGCGUUCGUAGAGAGCCAGCGGAAUAGGCAUCCGAAAGAGGGCACUCUCCGCAUUCCAGGACCGCGAGAUUUCGAUCGAGGACUGGUACCAGAACGAGUCACAGAUGGGCUGAGCCGGGAGGUGACUCGCGCAUCACACGAGGACGAUGACCAUCGACCUUCGAGACGGCGAUCUCGCUCCAUGAGUGUCGGGGAAGCGAAUGGAGACGCGCCCAGAUUCAAGAACCACAUCACCUUUGACGGCCCUCAGCGGCCGACCACUGGUGCUUCGGUAUACAGAAAACCGGAUCCUGAUGCACCCAACUCCAACAUGCAUCUUCGCAACCGAUCGAGAUCGCGAACAAUCGCCAGCCUCUUUACCAAGGACAAAGAGGAAGAAGAGGAUCCCAUGCCAUAUCUUAGUUGGGCACCUACAAUAGGACGUAACUCGAACUUCGUCGAUUUGACAGAAGAUCAGCGGGAGGAGCUGGGAGGUAUCGAGUACCGUGCGCUGAAGCUACUGGCUGUCAUCCUUGUCGCCUACUUCGUUGGCUUCCACCUUCUCGGCAUGGUCUGCCUCACACCUUGGAUCACACGGGACGCGCACUACACUUCAGUAGUCGAGGAUGUGAACGUCAGCCCCGUCUGGUGGGGGUUUUUCACGCCAGCAUCGAUGUUCAACGAUCUCGGCUUCACGUUGACCCCGGACUCGAUGGUGUCGUUUCAGUUCGCUGUUCUGCCCCUGCUGUUGGGUACAUUCCUUAUCAUCAUUGGAAACACCGGCUUUCCCUGCAUGCUCCGGUUCGUAAUCUGGCUCACCUCCAAAUUCGUGCCCAAGGGAAGCGGUGUCUGGGAAGAGUUGCGCUUCCUUCUUGAUCACCCUCGUCGGUGCUUUACGCUGCUCUUUCCCAGCAAGGCUAACUGGUGGCUCUUUGGCGUGCUUGUCGGUCUGAACGGUCUGGAUCUGAUCUUCUUCAUCAUUCUCGAUCUCAACGAUCCGACCGUCACAGUCCUCCCGCCAGUUUUCCGCUUUCUCGAUGGUCUCUUCCAAGCCGCGGCAACCCGCACCGCCGGAUUCGCCGUCGUCAACAUUGCCGACCUCCACCCCGCCAUCCAAGUCAGCUACCUGAUCAUGAUGUACAUCUCCAUCUUCCCGAUCGCCAUGUCCAUGCGCCAGACCAACGUCUACGAAGAGAAAUCUCUCGGCGUCUGGGCCGACGACGACGACGAUGCGCACUCCAGCUACCUCGGCCACCACUUGCGUCGCCAACUCUCCUUCGAUCUGUGGUUCGUCUUCUUGGGUUUCUUCCUCAUCGCCAUUGUCGAAGGAAGUCGCUUGGAGGACACAAACGACUAUGCUUUCACCCUCUUCUCCGUGCUCUUCGAAAUCGUCUCCGCGUAUGGAACGGUCGGGCUCAGCUUGGGUUACCCGGGCGUCAACACCUCGUUCUCGGGGCAAAUGAAGACGCUGUCUAAACUCAUCAUCAUCGCUAUGCAGAUCCGUGGUCGACAUCGUGGCUUGCCAUACGCACUUGACCGCGCUAUUCUUCUGCCUUCCGAAUCUCUGCAUCAGAAAGAGAAUGAGGAUGCGACCAGGCGGAUGAAUAUGCGCAGGAAUAGCGCGGCGGUGGGCGCGUUUGAUGCGCCUGAGGCGCUGACACGGCAGGGUACGGGUCUAAGUAGGAGAAGUAGUAUGUCUUCUCAGAGACCGACUGCGGCGGAUCGGUUUAAGCCGAAGCAGUUCAAACGCAUUUUGUCUGGGGCUUUCAGUGCUGGGCCUACGGCACCGAGGCACAAGGAACACUAAAAAACAUCCAUGGCACUCAGGUUAUACGGGGCAUCUGGGGCAGUGUAUAUAGAUUUGUAGCGUUUUUGCGUUUCUUAUAGUGUAUAUCGAUCAGUGCGUAUAGAUACAUGAGGCGUAGCCACGUAGGCUGUAUAAUGCAAUAUGGGCUCAAUUGUGUGAGCAUGUUCAAUGAGCAAACAG